GUUAUAUUAUCUCCCCUCCUCCUCCCGCUCCGCGGCGGCGGCGGCGGCCCAGCGGCGGCGGCUCCUCUGAGGAGGGAGGGGGGCGGAUUUUCUCUCCCCCUCUCUCGGAUUCUCGUCGGAUUCGGACGCCGAUUUGCUCAGUGCUUGGGAGAUGGGAAGUAAUGAUAGCUGGCACCUGAACUAAAAUAUCUGUGUAGGCACUACCAUCCCAGAACUUCAGGAUGAAUGGGGAUAUGCCUCAUGUUCCCAUCACUACUCUUGCAGGGAUUGCUAGUCUUACAGACCUUUUGAACCAGCUGCCUCUUCCAUCACCUUUACCUGCUACAACAACAAAAAGCCUGCUUUUCAAUGGACGGAUAGCUGAAGAGGUGAACUGCCUUCUGGCUUGCAGGGAUGAAAAUCUGGUUUCACAGCUCAUCCACAGUCUCAAUCAGGUGUCAACAGAUCACAUAGAGUUGAAAGAUAACCUUGGCAGCGAUGAUCCAGAGGGAGAUAUACCAGUCUUGCUGCAGGCUAUCCUGGCAAGGAAUCCUAAUGUUUUCAGGGAGAAAAGCAUGCAAAACAGAUACGGGGUGCAAAGCGGGAUGAUGAUGUCACAGUUUAAUAUUUCUCAGAAUUCCAUGCGUGGUAGUCCUGCAUCUUCCAAUUAUCAACAAACCACUAUCUCACAUAGCCCUUCCAGCCGGUUUGUGCCACCACAGACAAGCUCUGGUAAUAGAUUUUUGGCACAACAGAACAGUCCAGUGCCUAGUCCUUAUGCUCCUCAAAGCCCUGCAGGAUACAUGCCAUAUUCACAUCCUCCAAGUUAUACACCACAUCCUCAGAUGCAGCAAGCUUCAGUAUCCAGUCCCAUUGUCACAGCUGGGAUGAGGAAUCUCCAUGAAAAUAAGGUUUCAAGUCAGUUAUCUGGAAAUUCAGCUAAUCAUCAUGCUGAUAAUUCUAGACAUGGCUCAAAUGAAGACUACCUACAGAUGGUCCACAGACUAAGUAGUGAUGAUGGUGAUCCUUCAAUGAGGAAUGCUGCAUCUUUUUCCUUGAGGUCACCACAGUCAGUCUGCUCUCCAGCUGGAAGUGAUGGAACCCUUAAAGGAUCAAGACAACCUUUAAUCCAACAGUCUCAGCCUCCACCUUACUCAUCACCUAGAGAUGUUCCCCCAGACAUAUUGUUAGAUUCUCCAGAAAGAAAGCAAAAGAAACAAAAGAAAAUGAAGUUAGGCAAGGAUGAAAAAGACCAGACUGAAAAAGCUGCAAUGUAUGAUAUCAUUAGUUCUCCUUCCAAGGACUCCACUAAGCUUACAUUAAGACUGUCUCGUGUAAGAUCUUCGGAUAUGGACCAGCAGGAUGAUAUGCUUUCUGGUUUGGAAAACAGCAAUGUGUCAGAGGGUGAUAUUCCUUUUAAUGUGCAGUACCCAGGACAGACUUCUAAAACACCCGUUACUCCACAGGAUGUUAACCGCCCACUAAACGCUGCUCAGUGUUUGCCGCAGCACGAACAGACAGCUUUCCUUCAGGCACAACAAGUGCCUGUAUUACAACAGAACACUUCAAUUGCUGCAAAACAACCUCAGACCCCUGUGGUACAGACACAGCAACAGGUUUCGCAACAAGGAACUAUAACGUCAUAUGAUGAAGUAGAAUUGGAUGCAUUGGCUGAAAUUGAGCGGAUAGAACGUGAAUCAGCUAUUGAAAGGGAGCGAUUUUCAAAAGAAGUGCAAGAUAAAGAUAAGCCUCUGAAGAAGCGAAAACAAGAAAACAAACCACAGGAGGCUGGAGGUGCUACUGGAGGAAAUAGAGCAGCUUCUCAGGAGACAAGUUCUACAGGAAAUGGGGCAAGGCCAGCGUUGAUGGUUAGCAUUGAUCUGCAGCAAGCAGGAAGAGCAGACUCUCAGGCAACAGUAACUCAGGAUUUGGACACCAUCAAAAAACCUGAAGAAAUUAAGCAGUAUAAUGAUGGGUUUGUGUGUGUUCCCCAAGAAGACACUGUUGGAGUUCUUAAAUUUAGACCUGAAAACCAUCCUGAGAUUUUUAGGAAAAAGUCAGACUUUGAAGGUCAAAAGAUGGACAUCCAGCAAAAUGAAAAUAGACAAAUGGAAUUUCAACAAAAUGAGAGCAGACGGUUGGAAAGUAAAUACAAUGAGAAUAAACAGUUAGAAGCUAGACAUGAAAGCAAGCAUGAAAGCAGACAAAUGGAAGUGAAACAGAAUGAGAACAGACAGAUGGAAUCAAAACAAAAUGAGACCAGGCAGAUGGAGAUGAAACAAAAUGAGGGAAAACAAAACAAUGGCAAACAGGAAAUAAGGCAGAGGCCUGAAACGCCAAAACAGAAGAGUGAAGGCAGGCCCGAAACACCAAAACAGAAGAGUGAAGGCAGGCCCGAAACACCGAAACAGAAGAGUGAAGGCAGGCCUGAAACGCCAAAACACAGACAUGAUAAUAGGAGAGAUGCCAGUAAACCAUUGUCAGAUAAGAAAAUUGAAAUAUCUAGGCAUAAACUAGAUGUGAAACCUGAUCUUUCAAGGGUAAAACCUGAAAGUAGAUCUGAUCCAACUAAACAGAGGCCUGAUGGGCGUUCGGUUUCUGAUACACCAAGGCGUGACCAUGAUAGCCUUAAACAAAGAUCUGAGGACAGGGGGGAGUCAGAGAGGUACAGAGGAGAUCCAUCCAAGAUUAGAAGGCCUGAAUAUUUGAGAUCAUCAAACAAAAAUGAACAUGAUUCUAAGCAUGGUAUUAAAUCUGAUGGUUCAAAACCUGAGAAAUUUGAAAGGAAACAUAGGCAUGAGUCUGGUGAACCAAAGGAAAGGUUUUCUUCUUUGGAUCAGAAAUCAAGACCUGACAGCCCUCGUAUUAAACAGGAAAGUAAAGGGGAUGCUAGUAAAUCAAGACCUGAUAAACCUGGUUUUAAAUCACCCAAUAGCAAGGAUGAACGAAGGACAGAUGGUAAUAAGAGUAAAAUAGACAGUAAUAAAGCACAUGCUGACAAUAAAGCAGAGUUUCCCAGUUAUUUGUUGGGGGCAAGAUCUGGUGCAUUGAAACAUUUUGUCAUUCCAAAAAUCAAGCGUGAUAAAGAUGGCAAUGUUACUCAGGAGUCAAGGAAAACCGAAUUUAGAGGUGAACAGAAGGACAAAGUAGAGAAGAUCGGACUAGUUGAAGAUCUAAAUAAAGGAGCUAAGCCUGUAGUUGUCCUUCAAAAGCUUUCUUUGGAUGAUGUGCAGAAAUUUAUUAAGGAUAGAGAAGAUAAAUCAAGGGGGUCUUGUUUUAAACCUAACAAGAACAAGUCAUCCAAAUCUAAUAAAGGUAGCAUAGAUCAGUCAGUGUUAAAGGAGUUGCCUCCUGAGCUCCUGGCAGAAAUUGAGUCCACCAUGCCACUUUGUGAACGCGUGAAAAUGAACAAGCGCAAACGUAGCACAGUUAAUGAGAAACCAAAAUAUGCUGAAAUCAGUUCUGAUGAAGACAAUGACAGUGAAGAAGCUUUUGAAUCUUCUCGUAAAAGACAUAAAAAGGAUAGAGAUGAAGCUUGGGAGUAUGAAGAACAUGACAGAAGAAGUUCUAGUGACCACAGGAGAAGUGGUCAUUAUCAUGAAGGAAGAAGGACUUCUGGUAGUGGCCGUUACCGUAAUCGCAGUCCUGAUGACUCUGAUAUGGAUGAUUAUUCUCCUCCCUCUAGCCUCAGUGAGGUUGCUAGAAAAAUGAAGAAAAAAGAAAAACAAAGGAAGAGGAAAGCUUAUGAACCUAAACUAACACCUGAAGAAUUGAUGGAUUCUUCAUCUUUCAAAAGGUUUACUGCUUCAAUAGAGAAUAUUUUGGAAAAUUUGGAAGACAUGGAUUUUACAGCUUUUGGCGAUGAUGAUGAGAUUCCACAGGAAUUGCUACUGGGAAAACAUCAGCUUAGUGAGUUGGGUAGUGAAUCUGCCAAGAUCAAGGCAAUGGGCAUUAUGGACAAGCUCUCAACAGAUAAAACAGUAAAAGUCCUGAAUAUUUUGGAAAAGAAUAUUCAAGAUGGAUCAAAGCUUUCUACAUUACUUAAUCACAACAAUGACACUGAAGAUGAGGAGAGAUUAUGGAGAGAUCUUAUCAUGGAAAGAGUGACAAAAUCUGCUGAUGCUUGUCUUACUGCUAUCAAUAUUAUGACAUCACCAAAUAUGCCUAAAGCUGUAUAUAUUGAGGACGUAAUAGAAAGAGUUAUUCAAUAUACAAAAUUUCAUUUGCAGAACACUCUCUAUCCUCAGUAUGAUCCUGUAUAUAGAGUGGAUCCUCAUGGCGGUGGUCUUUUAAGUUCAAAAGCAAAACGUGCCAAGUGUUCCACCCACAAGCAAAGAGUUAUAGUGAUGUUGUAUAACAAAGUUUGUGACAUUGUCAGUAGCUUGUCAGAGUUGCUAGAGAUACAGCUUCUUACUGAUACAACUAUUCUUCAGGUAUCUUCUAUGGGAAUAACACCUUUCUUUGUAGAAAAUGUCAGUGAACUACAGUUAUGUGCCAUCAAAUUAGUGACUGCAGUGUUCUCCAGGUAUGAAAAACAUAGACAGUUAAUACUAGAGGAAAUUUUCACUUCCCUUGCAAGACUACCAACUAGCAAGAGGAGUCUGAGAAACUUCAGAUUGAACAGCAGUGACACUGAUGGAGAGCCUAUGUACAUUCAGAUGGUAACGGCACUAGUUCUGCAGCUUAUUCAGUGUGUCGUGCACUUACCAUCAGGAGAAAAAGAUUCUAACUCAGACGAGGAAUCAAACAAAAAGGUGGAUCAAGAUGUGCUUAUUACUAACUCUUACGAAACAGCCAUGAGAACAGCACAAAACUUCCUUUCUAUUUUCCUUAAGAAGUGUGGCAGUAAACAAGGGGAAGAAGAUUACAGGCCACUAUUUGAGAACUUUAUUCAAGAUCUUCUUUCCACAGUCAAUAAACCAGAAUGGCCAGCCGCAGAGUUGCUACUUAGCUUAUUAGGAAGGCUAUUGGUUCACCAGUUCAGUAACAAAUCUACAGAAAUGGCAUUAAGAGUUGCAUCACUUGACUAUCUUGGAACUGUAGCUGCACGACUAAGGAAAGAUGCAGUCACUAGCAAAAUGGAUCAAGGAUCUAUAGCCAGAAUCCUCAAACAGGCUUCAGGAGGAGAAGAUGAAAUUCAACAGCUGCAAAAGGCUUUGCUAGAUUAUCUGGAUGAGAACACAGAAACUGAUGCAUCAUUAGUGUUUUCUCGGAAGUUUUAUAUAGCGCAGUGGUUCCGUGAUACCACUAUGGAGACAGAGAAAGCAAUUAAAUCUCAGAAGGAUGAGGAUUCGUCUGAAGGAACUCAUCAUGCAAAAGAUGUUGAGACCACAGGACAAAUCAUGCAUAGAGCAGAAAGUCGCAAAAAGUUUCUUCGCAGCAUCAUUAAAACUGCUCCAUCUCAGUUCAGUACAUUGAAGAUGAAUUCUGAUACUGUGGACUACGAAGAUGCAUGUUUGAUUGUUCGCUACUUGGCCUCUAUGAGGCCGUUUGCCCAGAGCUUCGAUAUUUAUUUGACACAGAUUCUGCGUGUACUUGGUGAAAAUGCAAUUGCUGUUCGAACAAAAGCCAUGAAGUGUUUGUCUGAGGUUGUUGCUGUGGACCCCAGUAUUCUAGCCAGGCUGGAUAUGCAACGAGGUGUUCAUGGACGAUUAAUGGAUAACUCUACUAGUGUACGAGAAGCAGCUGUAGAGCUCCUUGGCCGAUUUGUGCUCUGUCGUCCUCAGCUUGCUGAGCAGUAUUAUGACAUGCUGAUUGAAAGAAUUUUGGAUACUGGUAUCAGUGUCAGAAAGAGAGUCAUAAAGAUACUUAGGGAUAUCUGCAUUGAACAACCAACAUUUCCAAAAAUUACAGAGAUGUGUGUGAAAAUGAUUCGGAGAGUCAAUGAUGAAGAAGGCAUUAAGAAAUUAGUAAACGAGACCUUCCAGAAGCUCUGGUUUACUCCAACUCCACACCAUGACAAAGAAGCAAUGACAAGGAAAAUACUGAACAUCACUGAUGUGGUUGCAGCUUGUAGAGAUACAGGGUACGAUUGGUUUGAACAGCUUCUUCAAAAUCUCUUGAAGUCAGAAGAGGAUGCCUCAUAUAAACCUGUGAAGAAAGCUUGUACUCAACUAGUUGACAAUUUGGUUGAGCACAUUCUUAAAUACGAGGAAUCUUUAUCAGAUUCUGACAGCAAAGGUGUGAAUUCUGGUCGCUUGGUUGCUUGCAUAACCACUUUGUUCUUAUUCAGCAAAAUCAGGCCACAGCUAAUGGUCAAACAUGCCAUGACCAUGCAGCCAUACCUGACCACUAAGUGUAGUACCCAGAAUGAUUUCAUGGUGAUCUGCAAUGUUGCAAAAAUCUUAGAGCUUGUAGUGCCGCUAAUGGAGCACCCAAGUGAGACAUUUCUUGCCACUAUUGAGGAAGACCUCAUGAAACUCAUCAUCAAAUACGGCAUGACAGUUGUUCAGCAUUGUGUGAGCUGUCUUGGGGCUGUUGUGAACAAGGUCACCCAGAAUUACAAAUUUGUGUGGGCCUGUUUUAAUAGAUACUAUGGUGCACUUUCAAAAUUGAAAAGUCAACACCAAGAAGACCCCAAUAGUACAAUACUUACUGCCAAUAAACCAGCACUCCUUAGAUCACUUUUCACUGUUGGAGCACUGUGCCGGCAUUUUGAUUUUGAUCAGGAAGAUUUUAAGGGCAACAGUAAGGUUAACAUUAAGGAUAAAGUCCUUGAACUGCUGAUGUAUUUUACGAAGCAUUCAGAUGAAGAAGUACAGACAAAAGCCAUUAUUGGCCUUGGAUUUGCGUUUAUACAACACCCAAGUUUAAUGUUUGAACAGGAAGUGAAGACUCUAUACAACAGCAUUCUUUCAGAUAAGAACUGUUCCGUAAACUUAAAAAUCCAGGUGUUGAAAAACCUCCAGACCUACUUGCAGGAGGAGGAUACACGUAUGCAGCAGGCAGACAGAGACUGGAAAAAAGUAGCAAAACAGGAAGACCUGAAAGAAAUGGGUGAUAUUUCCUCAGGGAUGAGUAGUUCCAUCAUGCAGCUGUAUCUCAAACAGGUCCUUGAGGCUUUCUUUCAUACCCAGUCCAGUGUUCGCCACUUUGCUCUAAAUGUCAUUGCACUGACAUUAAACCAGGGUCUCAUCCAUCCUGUUCAGUGUGUGCCAUACUUAAUUGCAAUGGGCACAGAUCCAGAGCCCUCUAUGCGAAAUAAAGCUGACCAGCAACUGGUGGAAAUAGACAAAAAAUAUGCUGGGUUCAUUCACAUGAAAGCAGUGGCUGGUAUGAAGAUGUCUUACCAGGUACAACAGGCCAUUAAUACCUGCCCAAAAGAUCCUGUGAGAGGUUUUAGACAUGAUGAGUCAUCCAGUGCAUUGUGUUCACAUCUGUACUCCAUGAUCCGAGGGAACCGUCAACACAGACGAGCAUUUCUAAUUUCUUUACUCAACCUCUUUGAUGACACUGCAAAAACAGAGGUGAAUAUGCUGUUGUACAUAGCAGACAAUCUAGCCUGUUUUCCUUAUCAAACACAGGAAGAGCCACUGUUUAUAAUGCAUCAUAUAGACAUUACACUGUCAGUUUCUGGUAGCAACUUGUUACAGUCAUUUAAAGAGUCUAUGGUGAAAGAUAAAAAAAAGGAAAGAAAACCUUCAUCAGAGGAGGAGACGGAGAGUGACAGUAACAGUGGUAGUGGGAGUGAAAGUGAAGAGGAAGCUUCUAAGCCUCGGAGGUUACGGAAACGAGUGGACUCUGAUUCAGAUUCCGAUGAAGAAAAUGAUAUAAACGCAGUGAUGAAAUGUUUACCAGAAGAUCCAGCUCCUUUAAUUGAAUUUGCAAAUGUCUCCCAAGGCAUAUUGUUACUGCUGAUGCUGAAACAGCAUUUAAAGAACCUCUGUGGAUUCUCUGAUAGUAAAAUUCAGAAAUAUUCUCCAUCUGAAUCUGCAAAAGUUUAUGAUAAAGCGAUAAACAGGAAGACAGGAGUGCAUUUCCAUCCAAAACAAACUCUGGAUUUUCUGCGGAGUGAUAUGGCUAAUUCCAAGAUCACUGAAGAAGUGAAGAGGAGUAUAGUAAAACAGUACUUAGAUUUCAAGCUCCUUAUGGAACAUUUGGAUCCUGAUGAAGAGGAAGAAGAUGGAGAGGUGUCAGCUAGCACAAAUGCUCGGAACAAAGCAAUUACCUCGCUGCUUGGAGGAGGCAGCCCUAAAAACAAUGCAGCUGAGACAGAGGACGAUGAAAGUGAUGGGGAGGAUAGAGGAGGAGGCACUUCAGGGUCAUUGAGAAGGUCAAAACGAAAUUCAGACUCUACGGAGUUGGCAGCACAGAUGAAUGAAAGUGUUGAUGUCAUGGAUGUCAUCGCUAUUUGCUGUCCAAAGUACAAAGACCGACCACAAAUUGCAAGAGUAGUACAGAAAACCAGCAAUGGCUUCAGUGUUCAGUGGAUGGCAGGCUCCUACAGUGGCUCCUGGACUGAGGCUAAGCGCCGUGAUGGCCGCAAACUGGUGCCUUGGGUAGACACUAUUAAAGAGUCAGACAUUAUUUACAAAAAAAUUGCUCUAACGAGUGCUAAUAAGCUGACUAAUAAAGUUGUGCAGACUUUACGAUCGCUGUAUGCCGCCAAGGAUGGAACUUCCAGCUAAUGAAUUUGUAUAUGCAGCCAAAUUUACAGGAAAUGAAAUAACAGAAAAACUUGAAAUACCAACUUUCUGGCGCAAAAAAAAAAAAAAAAAAAAAGAGUUAAAUGAAGAGUAAGAAUGGAACCUGGGACGCGGGAAAAAGAAGGAAAUGUUUGGUAAACAUUUUUGUGGGAGCUUCCUUCGCUGUUGUGCAGCAGAAACUUCUCAGUUCAUUUUUACUCCCACUGUAUUAUAGUUUAACAAAAAAAAAUUGUUUAUAUCUUGAAAAAAACCUUUCUGUUUAAAAAAAUAAACAAGUGAAUGUUGGAAAUUAGUCUGUUAAUGUUCUUAAUAAAGUGUUCUUGGAGUUUAACCUAGCAGCGGAUGGCUUUCUUUAGCUUAGCCCAGUUUCCAGGGAAGCAUUGUUUUUCCAGGCUGUAAAAUGGCAGAAUCUCCUGGAUAUAUAAUUUAUUCUGUUGAAGAAAAAAAAGGAAAAAAAAAAAAGGAAAAAAAAAAAAAAAAGCAUGCAGUAUCUAUGACCUAUCUGCAGGAGGAGUUUUUGUAAAUGUAGAUUUUGAUGUAUUAGGUCACCCUGAAAUAAUACAAGAAAAGGGAUCCCCAGCAAAUCUGGUGGAACAAAUACUGCAAUAAAUUUUUUUACUUCUCUUUGUUACUUGUCUGUUUCCAUUUGAAUUUCUUAUUGUAAAGAUCUGUUUAAAUCCAUUUAUAUUAUUUUGCAGUCUUUUAUGUAAAAUUUACUAUUUCAGUGGUUUUCAAAACAAGACAUAAAAAUAUUGUUUAUACAGUUUGUAUAGGCUGACUUCUGAAUAAUUGGUAUCUUUUUAUUUUUAUCCCUUAAAGGGUGUAAACACAAGUUAACUCCAGGGUUUUAUUGUAUCCUGCAAUAUUUAGUAUUAACUAUAUGAUUUAGCACUGUGCCAAACACAUUUUCAAGAGUACAUUUUGAUAUAAAAAGAAACUAUAGUUUAUUCCUUGUAUGCUUCAAUUUCUUUCUAAUGCUGUCCAAAUGGUAAUUUAUGAUAGUUUAAAUCUGGGGAAAGCUGAAUGACUUCUGCUUGGGCAAACCGGCCAUGUGUGCAUUUCUCUGCGUUAAUAUUGAGUUCUGUGUUGAGAGGAGGAUAGCUACCGGUAUCUGAGGAGUGAAUGGGUAUGAGUCCGCGUAAUUACGCCACAUUCCUUCACAAAUGAAUUUUUUUAAAAAUGUUUGUAUAUUAGACUAUUUUUUUUACUAAUUGAAAGAUGUUUUCACAUUUUGUAAACUGAAAAAAAAUGCUAUUGAAAGCUUUCGGGAGCAUUUGCUUCAGCUGCGUUGCCACAGCCUUUCACAAGCAGCUCGCCGUCCUAGAGGGUAGGAAAAGCAGCGUAUGCAAACGGAAGGAACCUAAAACAGCUGAGCUUUUUAGGGGCGAUAAAACCCUGCUGUGUUUUCAAAUGUAUUUAUCUGAAACAGGUGUUCCUUAAUAAGUAAAUCUUUCUGUUAUGUUUCUUUUACAAAUCUGAUUUAUGGUUAGGAGGCUGUUUGUAUGAAGCUAGCUCGCAGGAUUCCAAUACAUUAUUUGUUUUGUGAGGAAUAGCAACAGUAUUCCAAAAUAAUCUCGUGUAGAAAAAAAACCCAUUAAACUGAAAUUAUUAAUAACUCCUCAGAAUCUACUUAGUAAUUGUUCCUAUGGGAGAUGCCCUUUUGCUGUUUCACCCCUGGAGCUUUUCUGAACAGAAAUAUUUUAGCACACGUUUGUUUUCACUCUCAGUGAUGUUUACUGUACAAGAAGUUGCCUCUUGUGCUACGAUAGGUAUUGUUAAAGGAGGGAGAGCUCUAAGCAGGACACUUGUAGCAAAUAAUGAAAUUCUCAGGGCCAGAAGCAGCUUUUACAGGGGAAAUACAGACCUUGGGAACAGGGGUUUUAAGAUCUGCUGUGUGUUACGGCUAGAAAGAGUGAAAAAUACUUCACAAGGAAACUCCCAUAUGAUACAAAGAAGAAUUUCAUUCGGAUACAGGCUAAAAUCAGUUGUUUGUUAGCCAUUUCUGAUGCUACGUGUAUUAAAGCCUCUUAUUUUUUGAUCAGUAAUGCAAAUAUUUCCUCGUUGACAAACAAAAUUGUUUCCUGGUCACGUGGCUUUCCCAAUAGCAAAGAAAGGGUUUUUUUGUUUCAAUUUGCUUGGUAUUUAUUGGAAUAAAUUUAUUAGAAAUUAUAAUUAAAUAUUAGAAAGUCAUAAGUUGUCUUAGUUGACAGGAUUUGGGCCAUUGCUAUGUUGUGUGAUAUGCCAAAGGGGAUUCAUACUCCUUGAUAGGGUCUCUCAGUUGUAAUGUAAUAUUAUAAAAGUAAUUAUAGUGGAUGAGAUUCUCGCUAGUUAAGAGCUGAAUUUUUUCCUCCUGUACCACCCACAGUAAUACCUAGUUUUGCUUUGCCUGUUGCAAACAUUCACGUUACUUCCUGCAAUGCAAGAGGAAAAGGCAGCGGUGUUUGGUUUUUGGGAAGCAAAUUCCUGUUGGCUGUGUGAAACGUGGGCUGACGGCGUUAGCGCUGCGAGGCCGCGGCUCUCACUACCGCAGUGCUCACAGCCUCUGAGCGGCAGAGGCUUUGCCGACACGAACCACCCUCCUGCCAACAGCACACGCCAGGAGAUUAGGGAUUUUCUGUGUUGGAAAAGAAAAAAAAGUGUCGUUUGGGUUUGGUUUUCUUUUUCUUAAAAAGUGCUGCAGUGCAGUAAUUGAUGCAGUGACGGAGUUUUACUCCUUUGCCUUGACAUAGCUUUGUUAUAUUUUUUCCACUGUAUGUCUAUGGAUUUUUUACAUACAUAACUAUAGUGAUUAUUGAAUUUUUUUGUUCUUACACUUCUCUCUUUGAGCUCAAGUUCUGUACGUGGGAAGCUGUUGCAGUAGCUUACUGAAUGAAGGCGCGUGGCCGAGCCUUUGGCGCUAACACUGCCGUGUUGUACUUUUUAAGAAAAUACAGACACUUCCAUAAUCUAAAUAAAUAAGAAUGAAGUGAUUAUUUUUAAUCGCAGAAUAAUUCUUGAAUAUUUUCGUUAUCUGCAGCUAUGAAAGAUCACAAUAGUUUUUAACAAAACUUUAAUUAUAAAUAAGUAUUUUUUUAAAUGAUUCAUUAAUGCCCUUUUGUAUUUUUUUGAGGUUCUUUAUUGCUUACAUCAACAACUCUAACGUUCGUAAAGGUAGGCAUGGGCAAUAUUCGGUGUAAGUAUUUCAGUGGGGUGUGGCCAUUUAAAAGCUAUUUAAAAAAAUAAAAAUUUAGUCAAACUUUAGCCUUUGUUUUGCCUUUGUGGUAUCACUAGUGAGAAUAUAGUUACUGUGGAAUGAUUAGGUUGUGCUAAGCAUUAGCUCUAACACGAAAUACCUUGUAGCACCAAAAAAAGUUCUUCAGUGUGUUCCUGGCUUACAACCAGAGAGUUUGUGGUGGAGUCUGACUCACCGGGUGCAGGUGA